UAUUGUAUUUCAGGAAGAGAUGAGGCUUUAUGAGUUGCCCACGAAAACAAAGAUGCAUAAGGGACAGAAUGUGCAGACAACGACCACUGUGUCGAAACCGGCUGGAGGGAUGAAAACCACACCUGUCCAACAAUCGCUGGCUGUUCCAGGGAAUGUAUCUGCUAACUUCAAGGCUUUAGCUACAAACAUGAAGACAGGUGGUGCCAGCAUGACCGUCAGGACCACUGUUACAAAGACAGUCAGUAACACUGUUACUUACAGACAACAUUCAGGGGCGACCACUGCAAAGCAAGCCAGUAUUGGAAUGGCGAAGUCGACCGGCGGUAAAUCUGGAAGUGGUGGGAAACGAUAACCGACCAACAUCUGAGCAGCUAUCAACUUGUGGCAGUAGAUGUUGGCUUCAACUGUAAAGAGACAUUCCUAAAUAACUUUUAGACAUGCCAUAUUCACUCUGCACAACAAUUUCCUUGUUUUCGAGUUAACAAACUUUCUUCAUCGCUGGACUACAUGCUACUUCAUAUACUCUUUGUUCCCGCUUAUCAACUGGUACAUGUUCUUCACUUGUUUAUAUUUCAAUAAUUGUACGUAUUCUCAACCACAUAUCAGUGUUUUGUUUUAACGCAGAUGUUAG